AUGAGAAAACUGUGCCCAAACCUCGAUCGCGAAGAUGGCCUCGACACCGUCCUCGAGGUCCCGAUCCCGGAAGAAAUGUUCGCCAGCGCGGGCACCGGCGCCGCCCGGUGGCGCAACAUGAGGACCUGGCUCGAGGCGCAGGCCUUCGACAAGGCCGCCGCCCCCGCUCAGCUGUCCAGCCGCACCGUCGAACUGCAGCUCCUCCUCAACGUCGUCAGCUCGCCCCUCAUCCCCUGCCCCGUUCCCCUCGAUCACCCCUUCAACCUCUCCAUUCAGAUUCGGGAUUGCUCCAUUCAAGCAUCGACUGCCAAGUACAUCAUCCAGCAGUACAUUGCAGCCACCGGAGGGCAGACGGCGUUGGCGUCGGUGAGCAGCAUGUACGCUGUGGGCAAGCUGCAGAUGAGUGCGUCGGAAUUCCACGUCGGAAACCAGACCGUGGCCGCCAAGAGGAAAGGCGAGAUCGGAGGGUACGUGUUAUGGCAAAAGAACCCCGGCGUCUGGUACUUCGAGCUCAUCAUGGCGGGCAGCAAGAUGAGCGCCGGCAGCGACGGCAAGGUGGCGUGGAGGCAGUCGGCUUCGGAGCAAUCGCAUGCUUCUCGAGGCCCGCCGCGGCCAUUGCGCCGAUCCCUACAAGGCUUGGAUCCAAGGUCAACGGCCACCCUCUUCUCGGACGCGGUCUGCAUUGGUGAGAAGGUCAUCGAUGGCGAGGAGUGCUUCAUCCUGAAGUUGGAGUCGAACCCAGCGACCCUGAGAGCCCGGAGCGCCGACACUUUCGACAUCAUCCACCACACCAUAUGGGGAUACUUCAGCCAGCGCACCGGCCUCCUCGUCCAGCUGGCGGACACCCAUCUCCUGCGCAUGAAGGCCGGACGACGAGGGCAGAGCAAGAGCAUCUUCUGGGAGACGAGCAUGGAGUCGGCUAUCCGCGACUACCGCUACGUCGACGGCGUCAAGAUCGCGCACGCGGGUCGGACCAUGGUCACGCUGUUCCGGUACGGGGAGGGGUCGGUGAACCACAAGAGGAAGAUGGAGGAGACUUGGACCAUCGAGGAGGUGGACUUCAACCUGUGGGGGCUGUCCAUGGAGUGCUUCCUGCCGCCGGCCGACCUGAAGGAGGAGGAAGGUGGCGACUGACCGCCAUGGAGGAUGAGGUUUCUGUCAGAGAAGUCUUAGCACCUCAAUCGAGGGAAUGAUAAGGAGGAGGAACGUAGGA